UUCUCGACUCCACGAUGUUCUACUCCCACCAAUUGCUCUCCAAGAAAGGUCCCUUCGGGCAGAUAUGGAUCGCGGCGACGGUGCAUCCAAAGAUGAACAGGAAGAGGACCGAUCAGAUCGACAUCGAAGAGAGCUGCAUGCAGAUCAUCAAUCCCGUCGUUCCUCUGGCUCUACGGCUGUCGGGAAUCCUCAUGGGAGGCAUCGUGAGGAUCUACAACCACAAAGUCAAAUUCUUGUAUGGUAAGGCCAUGGUUUAUUUUCUCUGCUUUCGUUCACAUUCUUUCCUUGAUCAAGACGAUGUCACGGAGUUCAUGGUGAGGAAGUUUUCUUGGUUCGAAGCGAUCACGAUUGAUGGCACCGAAGAAACCUUCCAGGAUUUCGAGCGCGCGAUGCUGGAGCCGGAAACACCGGACCAGGACGAUCCCGAGUUUUUCACGGUUCCUCCUCUGGUGGCGAGAACCAGACCCAACCGAUUUCAAGGGAAGAAACCGGAGCCUCAUAAGCCGCGAAAGAAAAGAAAGACGAUCAAGCAGCAGAAGAAACUCGUCUACGACGUCGAGUUGACUGAGAUUCCAGCUCAAGUUUUCCAGUCCUGGCUGCAGGACACUUCAAAUAUCAUCUACAGAAGAAAUAGACGAAAGGUAUGUGAACAGCGUUUUGCCUUCACUGACAUUGCGAUCAAACAGCUGUAUACACAAGCAUCGGCUGAAAGAGCAAAAGUGAUGCUGAACAAUCCCUUAACUUUCUUAGGCUGCGGUACCAUACCGAAGUCACUUUUACCAGCCUCAAUCGUUGAUCUGUGGUCCAAAGCGACCGUGGUGACUCCAAGGCAACAAAAGACUACUUCUGAGCAGCAGAAACAACAAGAACAGCAAACAUCUGCCAAACAGCAGGACCAGCAAGUAUCUGCUGAUCAAUCGCCUCCUCCGCCGUUGGAAUUCGCGUUCGAAGAGCCCGAGCGUUUUGAGGCACCUUUUAACUUUGACAAUUACGGCUCCGUCGAGAAACUACGAGCACCCGUUCAAACUCCUGUUACAGGAAGCGAAGGAGGCAGCUUCUUUGAUGUCCAAACCGGAGUGACUCCAAAUAUUUCAGUGAACAGCGUCAUGAAUUCUAAACGAAAAAGGAGCUCUCAAUCCACCGACAAGCUCGUUCCCGACGUUGUGGGGGAUUAUCCGACCAGCUUGAGGUCCAAGAGGUCGCGAGCGUCGGAACGCAAGAGUGACUCGCCUUUUGGUACUGAUUUUUAUACCAACGACGUUUUCCCGGAAGAAAGAACUCCAGACAUCACAGUUCUACCAAGCCAGUUUGAAACAGAGCCGACUCAAGCCGCACAGGCCUAUCAACGCGACUUAGACAAGCUCACAAGCAUCAUGCUCCAGUACUUGCGGGAGCACUUCAUCAGCUCUCCGGGGAUCAAGGCGUUGUCCCUCGAUAGCCUUACGGAAGGCAUGAACGCCUCUCAGGGAGCAAAGAUGUUCUUCCACAUCUGCGUCUUAGCUUCAAAUAGCUAUCUCAGUGUGCUACAAAAGGAAGCUUAUGGCGACAUCCUCGUUGGAAGAGGAAGCCUCUUUUGAU